AUGGUACUGGAGAAGAAUAAACUAUCUCCAUCAAUAGAUGAAUGUGCCAAGUCACUUAAAUUGAUGGUGGAUGAUUUCGUAUCGUCCAACGAUUUCAAUUAUCUCUUGGAAUUAUCUGAUGCCUCAGUAUUCGAGCCUCAUGAGACCAUUUUAGAAGAUCAACUUCUAGAAGAUAGUAUAAAUUAUACGAUUAACUUCAACAACUCCAAUGCUGAAGGUACAGGCGAGUCGUCCAGUUUAGAAAACGAUGUUGCUAUUUUCAAUGCAGAUUUAGAUCAAAAAACCAAACAGUUCAUAAUUUCAAUAGCAUUUCAAAGAGCAAUAGAUUUAAUAAUAGCAGAAAACAUAUUGAAUUCAAGCGAAAAUGAACUUAAAAACAUAAAAUUGGGGAGCUAUUAUCUUACCAUAAAUGAGCUUAAGUUUUAUAACGCUAUUUGUCUUCUUCUUGAUUUUCAAAUUUUUAAGAUCGACAAAGGAUUUGCAUCUAUCAAGAGUUCAUUCUUUUCUAACAUAUCACAGGUACUGGAUAUGCUCAUAUGCAAAUCUACAGAAGCAGUGGAUAAAUUUUGGUUCUAUAUGGAAUCUAGGAGAUCUAUUAUUCAACAAAAGAUCUUUGAUAGAAAUGCUAUUGCAGAUCGAAUUUCCCUACUCGAAAUUUGUAAUACUUUGACGGAUAAGUUGAGUUUUAAAACUUCUCAAGGGAAAAGGGAUUCAUAUAAGAAGGAUACGUUCAAUGACCUUUUUCAAUAUAGAGUGAGAGUGUUUAUUGCAAAUGUUUUUGCGUUCGAAGAUAACACUGGUUUAAACAAAUAUUUUUUAACUUCGAACAGAAUGGUGAAAGAGAUUGUGCCGGCAACGAAAUACAGAAAUGAAAGAGAGUUUUUGAAAGACGUUAUUCAAGUGAAAAAAUUAUUCAACGAUCCAUACUUCUUUUUAAAGCCGUCAAAUCAGAAAAAUUUACAAAAAACAUCUGAGACAAUGCAUAGAGUUUAUAAAGUUUUGAUCGAAGAUGAAAUUACUUACGCUGCUACUGUGCCAAAGGUAGACCAAUUUGCAGUUCCCAAACCUAUCUCUGAAUACGAAGCUCAAUACUUAAAGCAAAGAUAUGAAAAAAAAAUCUAUUUUCCUGAAAGUUAUUGGAUAACUCCUUUUGAAGACACUAGGAGAGAUUCUUCGUAUGAAAAAUACAUGCAAGAAGAUUUAUCCUUUUUUGAAACCCAAUUUGAAAAUUCAAAGUAUAGGCAAACAUUACUAUUACAAAUCUACAUCAUAUGUAGCUUAUUCUAUGAGUUGAAUAGCUCCAACAAGAGAGAAUUUCUCAAGUCGUUAAAAGCACCUACAAACAUAAAGCAUCUAACAGAUGAUUCCCCACCGGAUAGCCUUGUCAGCUUAUAUUAUAAAAUUAAACGCGAAAUGCUCAGAAGCUUUCGCAGUAUAGACAAUCAGUUUUCAUUCUUGCUACAACACUUAACACUUACCGAAAUUUCGUGGUAUGGUUGGCUAAUAUUCGGAAAAGACCAUUCCACUGGAAAGUCACUUUUUUACGACAAGCUAUUGAAUUCAGAAGAACUUAAGCAAAUCAAUGAGAAGAGAAGUUCUGUCUUUCCAUUCAAAACUAAGCGUUAUUUCAAUCUAUAUGCAACUCCUCAAUUGUCACGGAAAAUGAAAAUUCCGACUGGCCUUGAGAGAUUAGAAGAUCUGAAGAAUGUUGGGACCAUUGAUUAUCAACAACAUAUAUCUGGAGUUAAUGAGAAGAUAGAUGACGAAGUGGAGCCUUUAAGAAAAGCACAAAUAUUGGAAGAACGAAACGUCUUAAUAUGGAAACAAUUCAGGAAGAUGAGAUCAACAGACUGGCUCAAAUUCGGUGAUUUGUUGAAUCCGCUGAUGCUAACAAGCAUAUCUAAAGAUUCUCAUGACUCAAGGAAGAGGCUGGUUGAUUCUGAUGAUACUUUGAACCUACCGGAGUCGAAAAGAUCCAAGGCGUAG